UCUCCUCCCUCGUCUGCGUGUCCUAAAAUUUAUAUAGCGGUACCCUUAUCCUAUAAUUUUUUAAAAUUGCCGUAUCCACCGAUCAUGCGGUACCGUAUCCGAUGCUUGUACCCGCAUCGGUGCUUCAUUUCGAACUUCGAGUACUUCUUCCUCGCCGCCAUCCUUCCCUUUCGUCGCCGUUAUGUGAGUGGAUGAGCGAGUUUUCCGGUCGUCGCUGCUGGAGGUUGUUGUUCGCCUCGAUUUCCUCUUCUCCCUCCUUGUUCUGUCAACGCCGCACUGUGUGUGAAUAGAGCUUCGAUCCUUCCAAGUCCACUCGCUUCUGCCGCAAGAAUGGAGGACUGAACCUCCUCCCUUCGACGUUGUUGUGAGAGGGAUUCUUGAUUCAACAACUCUCUUUUACUUCCUCCUUGUUUGUUUAGUGUGAGGUAUUCCCAAAUUAUUUUUUUCCUUUGUGGUUACUGAUGGUUGUGAGAAAAGAAAGGAAUUAGCACGUUACUUGAAAAUAUUAGACUAGGAUAUUCAUUUUGAUUGAGGUAUUUCUCUAUAGUUAUCUCAAUAGUGAAUUGCAGCAAGAAGUUAAUUAGUAUAAGCAUCUUAUUUGCAAGUCUCUUGGUCUGCCUCAGCCACUGUUACUCUGGUCUUCACUCUUCAUCUCUUCUCAUUGUAGCGAGGGGUUCAGGUCUUCAUAAAUUGUGGGCAAUCCCAGGUGCUUGGUGAAAUACCUAAUUAGAACGAAGUGAGAGCUUAAGCUAAACAUGGGAAAGAAGGGAGGAGCAAAAAGAUUGCCGAAUUCAACAUCUGGGCCUCAUACUCCGAUAUCAUUGAGGGAAGAAGCCACUGGGAAGUUGCAUAAGAAGACAGGCUCAAAUGUCAAGUCAAUGUUGAAGCUUGAUCAUUUGAAAAACCUGGCCGUAUGGGCUAGUCGUGAGGUUUCUAUACCAUCUUUGGGUGCCUUCUAUGGGCAAUGUUUAGCUAGUGCUGAGGAGGCCAUGGGCGUACCACCACUUGAUCCUUCUUUAGUAACUUGUGAAAGAUGUGAAAUUGUUCUACAUCCAGGCUUUAACUGUACCAUACGGAUUGAGAAGAGAAGAACCAAGGGCAAACAUGGACGUAAGAAGUUUGGUAAUGACAGUCAAAAUAGUGUGGCAUACAAGUGCCAUUACUGUUCACAUCAGAAUCUGAAGAAAGGGACCUUUAAAGGACAUAUGAAGGUGAUAUGCCCGCCAAAAGAGAAAUCACCGAAGCAAUCAAAACCUCGACAAGCCCUGUCACACGAAUCUGGCAAAUCAGAGGAAGAAAUAAUGAACAAAGAUGAAGCCAAUGACACAAAUCACUCUGCUUCACGAGUUGCAGCCAUAGAUGUUGCCACAAUACAUGGUCCAGCAACGCCACCAGUUCCAAGUCUUACUACGGCAUUGGAGGGAAGUAAAAGAAAGAGAAAUGGGUUGGGGUCUAAUAAAGCGUCUGAACUUGCAAGCAUGUCUGCACAAAAAGAUGCCGGAAAAGCAACAAACACAUCAAGCAAAAGAAGAAGAAAAUCUUGGACUAGUUUGAAAGAAAUUGCUCAGAGCAGUGAGCAUAAUAGCAGCAUUGCUAACUUAUCUAUUCCAUUCAUCUUUUAAAUGGGAAAAUGCUUCUUAUAUUGGAACAGGUAGCAAUUUGAAAUUUGUUUCUUUUUUUUUUUUUUCUUGACGUUUCUAUGGAUUAUGCCGGAACGUCUUUCCAAUGUCUUUCUUCUAAACGUGAAGAGAGAGGUUCAAGGGACUGUGUGGAUUUCUGUUGGAUAAAAUUGAUUUUGAAAAAAAAGUUACUUAA